AUUUAUUUUUCGUUAUACAUUUCCGCAAAGAAAAAAAGAAGAAAGAAUUUUAUCUAGAGAAAAUCACUGUUAUUUAUUUUUUUAAUUAAUAAAAAAUAAAUAAAAAUCAACAUUUAGCAGCCUCAUUCAAAGCAAUCUCUGUGUUGUAUUAUGGAUGGGCGUAGCAUAAACAGCGACGUUACGGGCAACAGUGAGACGUCACCCAUUGCUUCAGCUCGAUCCAAUAUGUUUCAAACAUUUGGAUCUUUAUUUGGUAAUGGUGGCAAUGCUCCCAUGCGUCGACCACCAACUCCACAAUCCGCAGAUGGAUAUGUGGAAUUCGGAAUGACGGACCCGGAAAGAAAUGGACGGACAUUGGGUACAUUUGCUGGAGUAUUCUCGCCAGUGGCUCUUUCAAUGUUUAGUGCUUUGGUAUUUAUUCGUGUUGGAUUUAUUGUUGGUAAUGCAGGACUCUAUGUGACACUCCUUCAGUUUGUUAUUGCUUAUCUAAUUCUGCUAUUUACUGUGGCGUCUGUUUGUGCUAUAUCCACGAAUGGAGCUGUUGAAGGUGGAGGAGUAUAUUUUAUGAUAAGUCGAACACUCGGCUUGGAAUUUGGAGGUUCUAUUGGUACACUUUUCUUUCUGGCUAAUGUCGUUGGCUGUGCGAUGGCUAUUACUGGAUGUACUGAAGGUAUUAUGGAAAAUUUUGGUCCCGGUGGUUACUUCACCAAAGGUAGUCCCGGAUUGCCUGACGGGCCAUGGUGGCGAUUUUUCUAUUGUACGAUUAUCAAUACGGCUAUGUUAAUUGUGUGUUUGAUUGGAGCUACAAUGUUUGCCAAAACUUCAGUCAUGAUUCUUGGAAUCGUGACAAUAUGUUUGUUUUCAACUUACAUAAGUUUUCUUACCAAAGGUCCAAUGUCGGUUCUUAUUCCCGAAGAUAAUAAAUUAAAUGUUUCGCAUGUUUUCAACUACACCGGUUUAUCUAUGGAAACUUUGAAAGGAAAUUUAUACGAACAUUAUGGACCAGAUUAUACUUCGGGUGGAAAAAUUGUUAAUUUUGCCGUAACAUUCGGUGUCUUAUUCGCUGGUGUAACUGGAAUUAUGGCCGGAGCUAAUAUGUCUGGCGAACUGAAAAGUCCUUCUCGAAGUAUUCCAGUUGGCACAUUAUCUGCAGUUACUUUUACCUUCGUUUGUUAUAUCAUGUUAUCCUUACUCAUGGCACUGACAACACCUCACAAUCUACUAUGCAACAAUUACUUGUUCCUUAUGCCUGUCAAUUUCUGGCCUCCAUUCAUAGCUAUAGGAAUUUUAACAGCGACUUUCUCAACUGGAUUAUCCAAUCAAAUCGGAUCAAGUCGUAUUCUGGAAGCUCUAGCAAAAGAUCAAGUUUUUGGUCCAGUUUUAAAUUUUGUUAUUUGCGGAACAUGGAAAGGCAAUCCAAUUGUAGCUGUACUCACCAGUUGGGUAUUAGUGGAAGCGAUUCUUCUAAUUGGAUCGUUGAAUACUAUUGCUCAAAUUAACUCUGUGCUGUUUAUGUUGUCAUACUUGUCAACAAAUUUAGCUUGCUUGGGAAUUGAACUCACUGGUGCCCCAAACUUCCGGCCACUCUUCAAAUACUUUACUUGGCAUACAUGCUUGAUUGGGCUGUUGGGAACUUUGGUUAUGAUGUUUGUCAUUAAUCCAAUAUACGCGUCGUCCAGUAUCAUCUUGUGUCUAAUUCUUGUGAUUGCCUUGCAUAUCUUUUCGCCAGCAUCACAAGGCACUCAAUGGGGAUCUAUCUCGCAGGCUUUGAUGUUCCAUCAAGUGAGGAAGUAUCUACUUAUGUUGGAUCCACGAAAGGAACAUGUCAAAUUUUGGAGACCACAAAUGUUACUCUUGGUCGCGAGUCCGCGUUCUUGUUGUCCACUUAUUGAUUUCGUCAAUGACAUGAAAAAGGGUGGUCUCUAUGUGAUUGGUCAUGUUAAGGUCGGUGAUUGCACUGCAAUUACAGAUCCAACAAUUGAAGAAAAUCAAAUGUGGCUAUCAUUAUUGGAUCACAUGAAGGUAAAAGCUUUUGCUGAAGUAACACUCGCCAACUCAAUCAGAGAAGGAGUGCAACACUUGAUUCGUUUAUCUGGAAUUGGAGCUAUGAAACCAAAUACAAUUAUAAUGGGCUUUUAUGAUUCACAAAUUCCAAGGGAUUUCUUCACGGUUGAAAAUUCAUCUUACAAAACUAAGGACUUCAACAAAGGAGAAUUCGAAGCUUUUCCCAUUCGUAGUUCUCGCGAAGAGAAGCCAAUGAGCACUCAGGAUUAUGUUUCAAUUAUCUGUGAUACAUUAAAGAUGAAGAAAAAUAUUUGUUUAUGCAGACACUUCCAUCAACUGGAUAAGAAUUUCAUUUCAAAGAGCAAUCAUAUAAAAUAUAUCGACGUCUGGCCAAUUAAUGUUUUCGAUCCAAAAAGUGAAAAUCCAUUUGAUGUGGUUUCAUUGUUUAUGAUGCAACUGGCAUGCAUUAUUAAUAUGUUACCGAAAUGGAAACGAUUGACGUUACGUGUUUUCCUUUGUGAGGCUAAUGAAAGUUCAUCGAAUAUAAGCUCAUUUGAUACUCAAAUUCCACAAAUGGAUAUGUUUCCUAAAAUGAAGCUUCAACAGUCGUUGAAAAAUUUAAGAAUUGUUGCUGAUAUAUUUGAGAUAGGUGAAUGGAGCAGAAAUACUGAUUUUAUUCGUCAUGCAUCUAUUCUCAAACAGUUUACAAACUGUGCUGAAUAUGAUACUGAACCAAUCACUGAAGAAAAUCUUAAUCGUUCAAAGCUAUACAUGCAAAGAGUUAAUCAAAUCAUUCGCGAAAGAUCUGACCAAACGGCUGUAUCUUUCAUUUAUCUUGCCGCACCACCAAAUACUAACGCACCUCACUGGGAAGAACGAAGUGAACGUUACAUGGAAUUACUUUCCGAACUAACUGCAGAACUUCCUCCAACAAUCUUAGUACAUGGCAUAAGCACUGUUACUUCAACAACUCUCUAAAAUUUAACUAUUAAUUACUCAUAAGAUAAUAUCCAUAGAUUGUAAGGACCUGAUCAACACAUACAUAACAAAAUUAUUAUACACAAAAGCUAUAAGCUGAUUAUUAUUAUUUUAAUUUGACUUGAUUUGUUUAUUUAAUUAUUAGUAAAAUCUAUAAGAAAGCCUUUUUGAGGUAUACAAAUGAUAUGUAUUUAAGCAUUUGCAUUGAGUUAAUAUAUUCGAUUACUUAGUUAAA